AUAUGUCAUUGUAUAGCCAAGCAGAAAGGUAACACAGUUAAACAUAACAGGACUUUACAAAAUAUACACAUUUGUAUGUGCAGAAUGCAUUUAAAAACAAAAUCGCCUAUCUCUAUCCGUUCGGUUUUCCUGGACAUCGAUGAUGAACAAGAUGAAAGCGACGACCUCUUCAUUGACUUCAAGCAACACCAAUUCGGCCCUCAGCUGCAGUUGCUCGAUUACAAACAGUUCAAGGCGGCACGCACAAUUCAAAGGCAUUUUCGGGGCUGGCGCGUCCGUCAAUCAAUGAAGAUAAGGCAGCAUGCGGCAACUGUUCUGCAGAGAUCGUGGCGUUUAUAUAUUAGCAAGCGGCAUCUGAUCAGCACCUGCCAGGAGCGCGUACAGAAAAAUAUACUGAUCAUGUUUAACAAUGCCUCGUUGAAGAUACAGGCAUUCUUUCGGGGCUGGUGGGUACGCAAGCAUAUCAAUAAUGUGUUCCUUUUGAAAGAAAUGCAGCUUCAUUCCUUGGAGGAUCUAUUGACCGGGUAUGCGUACAAGCUGCACACCAUGAUGCGCACCCAACAUUUACCAGGACUUAUGAGCUUUUGUAGAAAUCCAGAUAUGCAAAGAAUGGAGGACCUUAUAGCAUGUAUGUCUUAUCGAUUUUACAAUCAACUUGUGGGCCCCAAAUUUUUGUCUACAAGGGCUAUCUUAGAAAUGCACCGUCGCAAGUUUGCAGAUUCCGCAUUUCUGACUUGGGUACCAUAUGCAGGCUUCGAUCACAUUGACGACUGCUAUUCGCCGCCAUCGGAAAAGCAGUCCAAGAUCUAUGACCAACGUGAAUACGAUAUCAUACAGAUCUUUUUGCCGUCGGAUCACUUAACUGAGAAUAAAAAGAAAAUGCAAUGGGACAAAGAGAAAAGUAUACGCAGGAAGUCGCAUACUCUUUGCGAUAAAACAAGGCGUUUUUGUAAGGAUCUUGUGUUGAGCAUGAAAUAUUGGCCUAUGUGUAAUGCAUGCAAGAUAAAAGUAACGGAUCGCUUAUUGGGACCCGCCCUUGGUGAAUUCCUCGAUAAUGUUAAAGCUUCCUUGGAGGCCAUACACCAAGUGGCCAACUGUAAUUGCCAGCGUGAUACGAGACAUGAGGGUUACUUUCAACCGUGUGAAUAAUUUGCGAGUUCACACAGCUUAUUAUUUUCUUUUUUUCAUAUAAAACGGGCACAAAAUUAUAAAAAUAAUUUGCAUAUCAAUCGACUAAAGAUAAGAGUUUAUAUAUAAAAAUAA